GGUGCAACUCAUGAAAAUUCUUUGUCCAUUACUUAUUUUUACAACAACAUUAUUAAUUGAUUCUGUAAAAACAAGAAUUGUUUCAACACCAAAGUAUAUUUUUAACAGUAAUGGUCUGGGUGCAUAUAGUUUCGAGUUUGAAACUGAUGAUGGGACCUUCCGAAAAGAAGAGGGUGGAAGUAGCCCCAUCGACGGAUCUUUAGUAGUUAGAGGGCAAUUCGGUUAUAUAGAUUCGAGAGGGUACCUCUACACCGCUGAAAAUAGAACUAAAAUCGACCGUUUGUCUGUCCCUACAAGAAUGCUAUCCGCUUAUUUAAUAACGUGUGUUGUUCUACAAAGUUUAUUGGGUACGAGUGAUGGCGUAAUUUAUACAUAUGAGGAUGUUGAACUAAGAAGAAUAUUUCCAAAGGAGUUCCCACAGGACACCAUCAGGAGAAGCGGGAGUGUGGAUCCUGAACACCUAGGCCGUUAUAAUGAACUGAAAAGAUAUUUUAAGUUCCCGAAAGCCCAAUUAAAUAGUCACUUCGAGGAAUUAGAAUGUUUUCAAGAUGGUCAAAAAAAGCUCUGUCGGAUUGAUUUGGACAGAUAUUCGCCAGACGAAGACGCCUAUUAUUUAUCACCGUUAGAAGAAAACUAUGUCGAUCGACGCCGAUUCGUGGUACUCGUAUUUGUAGCUGUCGCGUGCGCUGCUCCACAGAAUCCACAGGAUGUGCAAAUACUUAGAUAUGACAUCAACAACGGUGGUCUGGACUCUUACAAUUUUGCAUGGGAAUUAUCAGACGGCAGUAAACACGAAGAACAAGGUCAACUGAAGAACCAAGGUACUGAAAACGAGGGUAUUGCAGUCCAGGGCCGAUACGCGUGGGUGGGUCCCGAUGGUGUCACUUACAUAGUCAGCUACAUUGCUGACGAAAAUGGUUUCCAGCCAACCAUUGAGCAGGGGUCUGGUGGAGCGAUCCCGCCUGCGGUGGUUGCCCAAUUCUUGGGGUGA